AUGUGGAACCCCAGUCCUGCUGGUUAUCUCCGAGCUGGAACUCCAGUAGGGCAGCUGCACCCCCAAGGUCCCCUCACCAGCACUCCAGCAGUCGGGAAUGAGGAUUUUUGGCGAAAUGUCUGGAACAACGAAAAUGGUCUCCCCGCCGGUCUGCCGCCGGUCACAGAGACCUCACCAGAUUUAAGGCGGCCCGUCGAUCGCCUUUUCGAGGCUCUCGGCUCCAACAGCAAUCCGACAAACUUCCUCCUUCUUGAUGAGAAUGUUAAUGAACUCAAAGGUCUCGUCGAGACCUUCAAAGCUCCGAUGGCACAAGACGAGUUCGAUGAUAGGCUAGAAGCAGCCACGAACCCCUCCUCCGGCGUUACGAAUAUGGAGGACGUUACCCGCAUGCUCGCACCGCUCCGUGAACUGUCGGCCAUGUUCACAUACCUCGGAGAUGACGAUGUAAUCAGCGCUAUUGAUAACAGCGCUUCCGCUGUUUAUCUCCAGCUACAGCUCAUAGAACUUUGGAUCCAGGACGCAGAGGGUCUUUCGGCACACUGGAGCGAGUUCUAUCCCGAAUACUUCCGUCUCGUCUCCGAAUUCGCUCGCACCUGGGCUCGGGACCGUAUCGAGGAGAUUCGGACUGCGUACGAAGCCUAUCCCUACGCCGAGUAUCGCGAGGAAGUCCUUGCCGCUCUCACGGAGCUUGAAGAUGGGAUCCCCGACUGGAAGUACCCAUCGGAGGACUGA